GGAGGGGCCCGGCCCCGGCAGUGACAGCAGUGCUGGCUGCGUGGGUGGAAGGGUUAAGGAACCUGCCUGAGUGGAUGAAUGGCACACAAGUGGGAGGGCCCGUGUGCAGCAGCCGCGCCGGGUGAGGUGGAGGAGGAUUAGUGGUGCGGGCGGGGGGAGGCUGUGACACUCAGACAUUGCUGCUGCAGCGCCCUGAACCAGAGGCAGGAGGACAGAGACAGAGGAUAUAGCGGCGGCAGCAGCUCUCUGCACACACACCCGCUCUGGCCGCCUGCUCCGGGGGUAUCUGGGGCACAAUGUGUUGGCAUCUGGGGGAUGUGGAAAUGCGUCCUGGGCUUCCCAGCCGGGGGUGAAUUCUGAUGCAAGAAUUGAAGUGCCGUUUCUAUAAAGGACAAGACUUUUGUUCUAGCAGUAUGAAGGUUUGACGCACAUCAUUUGAACAUGCUGCCUGCAGAGUAAUUCAAUGGAACAUUCAUUUUCCAGGCAAUGAUUCUUCAGAGAACAUCUGCUUUGAAUUUCACACUGGCUGCAAAUUAUUACAAAAAAUAAAAAUAAAUUGCUGUAUAAAAUUUGCCCCACAUCUUCGCUCUCAAAAGUAGGCAAAGACCUAGCUUCUACGCAUACGGAUAUUGAACAUGACUCAUGGAGAAGAGCUUAGCUCUGAAAUGCAACAGGAUCCCAUUGUUUUAACGUAUCUAGAAGGAUUACUAAUGCAUCAGGCAGCCGGUGGUUCUGGGACAGCAGUUGACAAACUCGCAAGCCAUGUGAAAGUCGAUGACAACUUUAAAAUUUCUGGGAAUGUUUUUACUAACUGUAAAAGUAAUGCCCCGGUGCACAACAAUAGCCAGUCAUCUGGAAUGUUGCAUCUAAAGAAAGCCAGACUUCUGCAAUCUUCAGAAGACUGGAAUGCUGCAAAGAGAAGGCGGAUCUCUGAUGCUAUCAAUGUAAACGAGAAAAAUGAGUCUCUGUUGGCCGGAAUGGUUGAAAAUGUCCCCAAGGGCAAACAGGAUAGCACACUCCUUGCCUCUUUGCUUCAGUCAUUCAGCUCUAGAUUGCAGAGUGUUGCACUGUCUCAACAUAUAAAACAAAGUCUCAAAGAUCAAUGUUUUUCCCUUAACCAAGAGGCAGUACAUGAAGAAAAAGAUAGUCAGUGCUAUGGUUUGGCCUCGAAUCACUUAAAGACUAUCCUAAACAAAAGCCGAUCAAAAGAUCAUAUAGUUGACAAUAAUCUGACUGGGUUAUCUAAUGGUUCUAUUCAGGAAAAAUUUGUCGAACCUCCUUCUGCACAAAGUAGCACCAAAGGAGCAGGUGAGCCAAUUUCAUGUGCUGCAAGACUUCAAGCUGUUGCAAAUAUGGUGGAGAAAAGGUCAAGCCCCACUGCUUCACCUAAACCAAGUGUGGCUUGCAGCCAGCUAGCUCUGCUGCUCUCUAGUGAAGCACACUUGCAGCAGUACUCAAGAGAACAUGCUCUAAAAGCACAGAGUGCCAGUCAGUUGGCAAGCGAGAGACUGGCUGCAAUGGCAAGGUUGAAAGAGAGUUCGGAGAAAGAUCUUGGCCGGUUCCAGUUGUCAACAAAUGGGCAUGCUACCCUCAACAAUAAUCCAAGGACAAUAACCAAUGGAAUCAGUAAUCCAGGUAAUAUGUCUCCAUUUUCAAGUCCUUUUGGCGUUCCAAAUUCUCCUCUGAAGGCAGUUAGUUAUAAGAAUAACACUGAACGAAACCAUGGAAAGCCGUCACCCAAUAACAGUUUGCUCUUGCAUCUACUAAAAAGUCAAAAUUGUGCAAGUGUUGGGAAAAGCCAGUCUCACAGUGAAAAGUAUCCGGCAUUUGAAGAAAGUGCCACGCCAACAACUACAGAAGAUUACUCUGAUAACAAUCCAAGCUUUACAGAAGAGGAAAGCAGUGAUGAUGAAAGUACUCAUUCCAACUGCACACCUAUAGAUUUGUCCUUCAAAAACAGGGGAGACAAGACCGAGGUGUUGCAUUCUGCAGCCUCCAUAGACAAUUUAACAGAGUCAUUGCUUCACAACUGGGAUCCAAAAGUUAAUGGACUUGAUCUUAACAAGGAAAAUAAAGACUCUUCUGUGGACUCUACACUGAAACCGUAUCAGAAAGUAACAUUGCUACAGUUACUGCUUGGACAUAAACUGGAAGACAGUCCUUCUACAAUUGAUGAUAUAAGGACACCACCAAAGGCAAACGACCUGUCAAAGUUCAAUGUGUCAACACCAAGUCAUCUUUCAGAAAGUCCAACUAUUAGUAAUUCUUCUCCAUUAAACACACUCUCUUUGCACAGUUCCACAAAAGCCGAUUCUCCGAUAAAUCUGACUCACCAGCCUUUUCCAGUCAAGCCUCAUUUCACACCUUACACAAGCAAUAUUCAAUCAGAAAGACUGGCAAAUCCAGCAUCUAAACAUUUGAUAGAGCUUACCAGACACAAAGCGCUUCAAGUGGCUGUCCCACUAACAAAUGAUAAUGCACAAACGAAUACAGCUUUCAGUGCUAGCAAGUUGCUGCAAAAUUUAGCUCAGUGUGGAAUGCAACCUGCAACACCUGAUGAACAAAGGCCUCAGAAACCAUUAGGUACUGCUAAUUGCAAAACUCUAGGGUUAAUUGAUAGACUAAACAGUCCACUUGUUACAAAUCCAUCACAUACGUUUGAAGAAGGCAGAAGUUUUAGCAGCCCAUCCACACCAGGGGAUUCUGGUUUUCCUGGUUCUGAAAUCGAGAACCUACUAGAAAGGCGCACUGUACUUCAACUACUCCUUGCCACACCUAACAAAUGCAAGAAUGAAAAAUUGCAGAAACCUAACAUUAAAGAUGAAGUUAACCCAGACAGAACUGAAAAGUUAGCAAGUGAUCAAAUUGUACCUUUCAAAAUUAAAACUGAAUCUGAAGAUCACUUUAAUGGGCACAGAGACGCAAGUGCUCCAAGCCCAAUAGGGGUCUCUUUGCACAAAGUGGUAAGACCAGCUCCAGAGGAGGUAAACUCUCCACACUCUUCUCCUCAAGAUUUUUCCAUUUCAAGAAAUGGCCUUCUAAGUCGUUUACUACGUCAGAACCAUGAUGGUUAUGAUGCCAGUGAUCUAGACUUAAACAACCGACAUGCUGAACUCAAGCAAAAACAAUCAAAAUUACCUUGUAUUGUGCCUAAAAAGAGGAAAAUGGUCCAAAAUGACCCUGUAGAAAGCCAAGUAAAAAUAGCAAAAAUGAACUCGCCUGAUGCCGGAAACAUGCAGUUUUGCACUACGCCAUGUGAGACAUUGUUUUUCCAUGAAGAAGUCAACGGUACAAAGACUGAUCACGAUCACAAGAAUUUUAUGGGUCAGAAUUCCUUUAGUGAAAAUAAAAACUUGGGUUGGUCAAGAGAGAGUAAAGGUUUUAAUGUACUGAAACAACUGUUGCUUUCGGAAAAUUGUGUCAGAGACUCCCAGCAUAGGAAUAAUUCUUUGGUUGAGGAGAUGGUGAGGGGAAAUCAAAGUAACUUGUCAGGGAAUUCAGAAUUUAUGCUUCCUUCUCUAAAUAUGUUUAUGGGUAAACAUUCUCCUCAAAAUAAUUUAGGUCAAGUGACAUUUCAAUAUCCAUCUCCUCUAAAGAAUUCUCCUUAUUCUUCCCCAGACAUUCUAAGAAAUCCCACACGGACCGAGUCUGGACAUUUAAAUAUGUGUCCUUCUGCAAAUGAUAGAGGUCCCAUUAAAUGGGUUAUUACAGACAUGGAAAAGAAUGACUGUGGGAAAGAUUCUCCAAGGCUGACAAAAACUAACCCUAUAUUAUACUAUAUGCUACAAAAAGGGGCACAUCCGACUGCCAGUCAAGAUUUAAGAGAUCGGACCAGCUGGACAGAAUCUUUGUUGGGACAAGCAGCAGAGAUGACCUUAAAAAGAGAAUCUGUCUACAGUAGAGGAACCAAUGGGAUUGGUUACACCAAACCUCCUAAUGAUGUUUUAAAUAAAACUUUACAUAAUUCCAAUGGCAGCAAGUAUGGACUUUUCAAUAUGCUUACAAUAAAGAAGGAACCUGAAUGAAUUGCUGAAAUCCUAUUUGCAUCAAAUAAAUUCAAAUUUGAAUUUUAUUUUUUGUUUCAAUGUAUCAUGCAUGAUUACAAAACAGCAUGAUUUUACGGACAUGGUUUAAUUUCAAGGACUUGGGUUUGUGAUCUUGCUCAUGUUUAGCUUAUUAUUAAAUGUACAGGUAUUGCUGUUUUAAACUUUUACAUUUUUACUUUUUCCAUUAAAUGUUGUGCAUAUAUUGAAUAUAUUUGGUUAUCACAUAUGUUAUGGAUAACGUCUCCAUUUUACACUCUUGAAAUGGUCCUGAUGAUAUUGACCAUAGUCAGAUACAAUUGGACAAUGCAGAGUGGUCUUGUUGGAGUCUUUCAUUACGGGUAUGAUGUUAGUGUUAGUGGCUGGAGGUUAUAUUUUUGGGGACAUAUUUGAAUCUUUAGUUUCUCCGUAACCUCAAAUAAGUUACUUUAAUUUAUAACCAUACAGUUAUUCCUUCACAAAUUACACUCCCCUUCUUCCCUCACAUAACAUUGUGACAUUAUCCAAACGUGGCGCUAACAAUGACCUGGUUUCAGCAGAACAAAUAUUUUAUUUUUGCAAUCUUCUCAUCAUUUUUUAUUUAGAAGGUGCCACAAAACUUUGUAUUGGCCAACAGUGGGAAUGUUUGUUACUUUUAAUUGUUUACUUCAUUUGCCUUCUAACUUCCACAUUUUUGAAGCAAUUGAAAGACAAAAACUUUGAUGAGCAUAAUUAAUUUUGCUUAUUUUUUAAACAUUCUUUGAACGUUUUUAAAGUUAAGUCCUGCUUAAAGCUGCACUACUACCUACGCAAAAGAUUUUACUAAUGUGCCCUCAUGGUAGCCAGAAAAGUGGGGCUGAUACAGGCAUCCGUUCUUUCCUUUUCCAAUAUUUCUUGCAGUCCUCCUGGCUGAAAAGGGCUCACUCUUAAACCACAGUUCUUGGAUUAUGGUUAGCGAUUUCUCCAUCUGCUCCAUUUAACACCACCUUGCUACCAUUUAAAAUAGGUGAAUUAAAUUGACUGGACUGCUGCUAGGGCAAUGGGAACUAAUAUAGGUGGUUAUAUAGAUUUAUUUAUUUUUUAAAUUGAGGGGGGUGGGAGGGUUAACAGUAGAUUGGAGAACAUAAUUUCUCUCCGCCCUGUAAUGUUUAUGAUAUUAAUAGUUUUUGGCAGCUUUUCUUUAUUGUAAAGUCAGCUUGGCAGCUUGACUGUAAUGUAAAAUCAAUGCUGCAAGCACAGUGAACCCAGACAAGUUACCACAAGGUCACUAAGGUGUAAACCAGUGGUUUAAUGAAAUCCUCAGAGGUUGAUUCAAUUGUUUCGCCCUGUGAAUGCUACUAGUGGGCCCCUUACGAAGCAAUUCACUUGUUUCUCCAUUCGGAUACGUGUUACACAGUCAUUCAGGUACGUGUUACACGGGGACACACAAUUGAAUUGCUCUGUCAUAUGUCCUUUAAUUAGUGCUGUAAAAAAAAAAUUUUAUUGCCCUGUCAGUGUCUAUUUUUUUUUUUUUUUUUUCAUCUGAAGGUUAUAAUAUUGUGGUUGAUUUGGCAAAGGAUUUUCAUUUUCCAAGUUGAAAAUUCUGAGAUUUGACGUUUUUCAGUGAAUGUACAGUAUCAAAUGACAAGGGUUGGUUACAUAAUUUUUAUUUCUGGCCUAUAAUUGUAUUACAUUUUAGUUUAAAUUGCUGGUUUGGAAAACAUGACUAUACAUUUGUAAUACAAGGGACCCAAAGACUUGCAUUAAAGUGUAAAAAAAAAUAAAAAAAAACCUCUCCGCAUUGAUCAUUGUGUAAAAAGACCAUACUUUUAAAUUACAAUUAAAACUCCAAAAUGGUUAAUUUUCUUCAACACCGCCACCACCUAUACACAGCAUCUUUUUAUUCGGGAAGAUAUAUAUGUUUUCCCUUCCUAAACAAUUUAAUAUGAUAUUAGCAGCAGAUCUAAAUCAUGUUACAAUAAUUAUUUUUCUAACAUUUACUUUUUUAAUUAUUUUUCUAACCUUUACAUUCUAAAUUAUUUAGUUGAUCUAAACAUAAAAGUUUUGUCCAAAAAUAGUACAGUAGUGUUCAUUCUAGCAUCCUGCACCUUAUAAGUAAGGGGUGCUUACUUAAAUUUUUAAGGGCAAAAUUUUAUGCGUGAUAUAUCGCUACAGUAGCUGUAGGGAUACAUUAUACAUUUGCCCUACAAAAUUAAAAUAUGCACCCUAACUGAUUAGGCGCAGGGUGCUAGAAUGAACAAUAGUACUAUUCACCAGAUAUUGUGAAUACUUCUGAAAACGUAUUAAUUUUGUAACCACUCACUCGUGACUUUGGUUUCUGAAUUUUCCUUAUUUGUUUGGGCAGUUACAAUUUAUAUUCUUCACUCUGUACCAAGCGGUGCAGGGUCCCUAUAUGGCCCUCCCCCCUUCUUUCACUGAGUUGGCCAGCAAACUCCACCAUCACCACCUUGGCUUUUACUUACCUUGCCAGUCUGGAGUAGUGGGGCAUCGGCCUAAACUGGGAAUGUUACGCUUGGUAGUGAAAUCCCCUGGAUAAUUUAAAGUAAGUCACUUAGAAGGUGUUUAGCAGCCCCCUGAUAAUUUGUGCCCUUGGCAGCUACCUGAGUUCACCAGCCCUAAAUAUCUAUACGUUUGUUAUGAGUUAAUUAGGGUUUGGUGUGAUGUAUACCCCUUGUGAAGCACAUGAAACUUGUAUAGAAGCUUUUUCUGGAUCAUUGAUACCUGUGUAAGGGAUAUCUCAAGUUAUUCACAUGUGUACAAUAGCAAAAUUCCAAA